GCACAUUUCUAUCUAUCCAUCUAUCUUUACCUGUCUGUCCGUCUGUCUGUAUAUCCAUCUAUCUAUAAAUAUAUAUUUAUUUAUAUUUAUAUGUAAGGGCCUCCCAAAGGAUGUCUGAGAUUUCGCAACAAGCUGAACCAUCCUCAACUCCUGUGCGUAUACGAUUGAGUCACAUCCUUCGCCGCACCCGCUAACCCUGACUCGCAAAUCCCCCUCUGCGAGUCGGAGGUCUCGAUGUUUUGCGUGAACUGAAGCUUCGGACUUAACGGUACAGUGAUGCAGUGAAAUUGUACGUUUAUUUGUAAAUAAAAAAAAGAAAAAAGAAAAGAAAAGAAGAAAGAAGAUAGAAAAAAAGGCGGACGGCGUAUUAUGUUUGUAAUGGAAGGGAUUGACUCAUUCUGAGUCGUAAACACACUCAACCCCAAAGAAGAAUGGCCUCAAUGACCUUUGGUCAGAAGUCAUUUACUCCCACACCGCCACAGAAAGGCAGCUUUCCUCUCGACCAUGAGGGAGAGUGCAAGAAAUUUAUGAUUAAGUACAUGCUAUGCUUGCGUGAGAACCAGAACCAGAAUGAGAAGUGUAGAGAGGCAGUCCCGCGACUACUUGGGCUGCCGCAUGGAGAAAGGUCUAAUGGCCAAGGAAGAGUGGAGCAAGCUUGGGUUUUCCGAUCUGGCUGGCAGCAAAGUCGAGUCAUCGUGAAGGAAGACAAACUAGGCUUGAGAGUGAACACUGUGCUCAAGAUGUCCUGGCUACCCACACCACGAGGGGGGCCACGCAUCAUCCUGGGGUGCACAGGCAGUGUGGCUGCUAUCAAGGUGCCCGAGCUGGCACGGCGACUCAAGGAGCGUGGGGCUAGUGUCAUCAUUGUGCCCACAGAGCGUGCCUGCCAUUUCCUGCGAUGCCAGGCCAAGGUAGACCCCGUAGCCACUCAACGGCCACUCAGGGUAGGGGGAGCAAGUGCAUUCAAACCUGUGGCCAAGAGUAUGGGCAACGGGGAGAAGAGCAACGACACUGCAGAAAUGAACAUUACUGGCGGUGAAAUUUGUAGCCACUGUGGUUCAAGAACUCCUGCUAAGGUUCUCAGACCAAUGGACCUCGAUAAAAGUGCCUUUAAGUCAUUGUACCCUGACCUGAACUUCGUGCUGGAUGAGGACGAGUGGUCUGCUUGGCAAGGACGCGGAGAUUCAGUGCUGCACAUUCAGCUGAGAGAAUGGGCACAGGUCCUUGUGAUUGCUCCCUUGGAUGCUAACACCAUGGCCAAAAUGGCACAGGGGCUCUGUGACAACCUAUUGACCUGUAUUGUCCGAGCUUGGGAUGUCUCAAGGCCACUUGUGUUCUGUCCAGCCAUGAACACUCAUAUGUACUCUCACCCUCUUACUAUGAAGCAUACAGCCAUUCUUAAGGAAUUAGGCUACAUAGAAGUGUGUGUGAUAAGCAAACGGCUGGCAUGUGGGGACGUUGGCCUGGGGGCCAUGGCAGAAGUGGACAACAUUGUGGACGCAGUGAUGCAGGAGCUGCCAGGCGAGCACCGGGUGUCACACGGCCCUUUCUAAUCUUAGGGAACCGCCUUAUUCCUCGAUUUAGAAGAAUUUUCCUCAUAGCGAGCAUGGGUAGCUGUGGAUUAGUAAAGUAGAACUAGUUUUUUCGGGUGAAAUUACUGACAUAGAUGGAUCCAUUUACUGUGCAAAAUGUAUAUAUAUAUGACAAUGGAUAGACAAACAGAUGGACUGUGAAAUGCAUAUAUUUGAGAUGGGUAUUAAUUCAAAAAUAUGUAUACCAGGAAGCUUUGAAAUAAGAUAAUGAUCAUGAAAAAAAACAAACUUUAUUAACCUUAGAUCCCUUGUGUUAAAAAAAAAAAGUGAAGUAAAAAAAUCAGACUUAUAAAGGCUGGGUAAGAUUAUUAAGGGAAAAUUUAUUUUUGAGUCAUUGUUUUUUCAGAUUAAAGAUAAUUCACAGGGGAUAAGGAUGACUAAUAUGUGAUUAUGUGUUUGUUGUCUUAAAAUGGCUGUGUGAGUUUGCAGGAUAAAGAAAAUAACUAUAAAAUGAAAAAGAGUAUUCUGAAGGGUAUUGAUUAAAAUCAGGGUAGAAAGAUUAUUGAUAUACGGUACUUUAUAACUUCCUAGCUCUACACAAAGUUUCACAAGAUAAUCACUAACUUUAGAAAAGGCAAAACUAGGAAAGUAUCACUUCUUAUCUGACUUCACAUUAAUAUCACAUAAAUACAUUUCCCUUCCACUCAAUAGAUUGCUUUUCAUUUUGGUCAGAGGCAGAACUUAUACAUCAAAUGCAUCUAAAAUGUAUAUUAAGGGUGUUGCCAUAGGUCAAUAUCAGAACUUUCUUUACAUUAGAUGCUGUCCAUCAUGCCAACUUUUCACUGAUUUGUUGUAAAUGUAAAUAUAGACCUAUACAAGGAUAAUAAAACAAUGAUUCCAGAGCUGGUUGCUGUAGAAUAAAAUGCACCAAAACUAGUUCUUCUUUCAUUAAAAGAGCUUUAUUAGAUAGUUUAAACAGAUUUAGGGAUUUGCUAGGAUGUAGGGAUAGUGGCUAUACUAGUCCUAGCAAUGAGUUCUGUGGUGAUAUUUAAUUUUCUAGUGUUACUUAGGAGGACUUCAUAGUGGGGGGUUUGCUUUUGAGAUUCAUCAUUGAUAUAUUUGAGUUUAUCUUAUCUUUAAUUUGUCUUUCUCUUGGUGUCAUAUACUAUAAUUGUGAAUAUUAAUGUAUAUAAAGUAAUGGUGAACAUUUGUAAGAAAAAAGAAAAGACAAAACAUUUUGAUAAUACUGUAUAUUAUUAAUGACUUGUGUAUUUACCUGACUCUUCCAUCAGGCUAGCAGAAGCUUGUAUUUUUGAAGAGAAAAGAAGGCACGAAGUUGUUCUGGGAAAGUGUGUUUGAAAUCUGCCAUUCAUAGGCACUGGCAAACGUGUAUGUAAAUGAGGUGGAUAUUCCUUGAUUGGAAAUGUCAUAUAUUUCGUGAACUAUUCUGAAAGAGUGCUAAAGAGGUAUAGAAUUAAGAUUUAUUUUGAGUAUUUCUAAUUGUUACAAAAUAUGCAAUUGAAAGAAAUGCGAAAGCUCUGUGAUUUUCUCUUUUUUUUUUUUUUCUUUAAUUAGAUUUCCAGUUUGAUCAGAAUGUUAUUAAAGAUAGAAAUUAUGAUAAGGAAACAAUAUUAGUUGUAUGACUUAGAUUAUAGCCAACUUGAAAGUCUUCCUUUUUCCUGAAAAAAAAGAGAAAAAAAAUGCAACGAGAACUAAUAAUUCACUAAUAGGGAAAUUAUGUGACACCCAAAUAAUGAUUCUUAGUUUUCAUACUGUUUAUAUAUUUGUUUUGCUUGUGUUGCCAAAGAGACCAUGGAAGGUAAAUUUACUAAGGAUGCACACUGCAAGGGUUACUUAAACUAUGCACAAGGAGAACCAUAGAUACUUUAGUCUUGGAAAUCAGUUUGUGUUAUUUCAUUAUUUGAAAUAACAAAAAUAUUUUGAAACUAGACUGAUGUGAAAAAUACAUUCAUAUAAAAGACAAAUUUACAUGUUAUAAUAUAGAUUAUCUACUCUUCAUUUUCACAUAUUGUUUGUUAUAUGAGAUUCCAGAGUCAAAGAGAAUUGUAUGAAAGAGGGAACUGUCUCACAUAUCACAAAUUUCUUUCAAGAAUGGGAAAGUUAAAAAAUUGUUAUUGUGUCUUAAGAGUUUUUAUUUUGGCAUAAUACUUGCAUUUUGUCAUUGUACCUGGAAGUGGUAGGGAUAAUUAUUGAUCACUUUAUCGACAAAAUACAUAAAAGUAGAGGAAGAAAGAAAGAAAGAAAAAAUACAGGUGGAAAAUGAAAGGUGGAAUUGAUAGUUUAUAAUGAAAGCAGAAAGGAAUAACAAGUGUGGAGAUGGAUAAUUUCUGACAUGUUAGAAUUUUCCAAAAGAUUGAGGUUUGGUCUCAGGUGAAGAUGAAAAAUUGUAUCUGAAAAAUGUGUCUGAUACUCUAUUGCUCACUGAUAUUUUGUUGAAAGAAAUAUGUCAGGUAAUGUAUCUUCUUAAGUAUGAUUUUACUAGAGUGAAAAAAGCCUGUUGCUCUGUAAAUAGGGUGGUUGUUUUGUUUGCUUAGUUUGGUUUAGUGUAUUUCAUUGAUUAGUCAGGAGAUAAAAAUGUCGGUGAUCCUGUAGCAUUGCCAUUACGUGAUGGAGCUUAGUGAAGAAAACACGGCUGGAAUAAUCUUCCACUAGUUUAUGUAAUCUUGGCUAGAAAUUGAAUAAAAUGGUGCUUUUUAA